ACGAGCGAUACAACCUCAACUUCUCGAGUAUUUUGUUUCUCUUGUGAAUAAAAUUGCCUACAACAAAUCCCCGAACUCUUUGCAUUGUUUUUACUUCGUAUAGUUGUUAUUCUACAUUUGGAACUGCGUCUCACUAUUUUAACGGCGGUCACCAGCUGGCUCUCAGUUAGCAUGCUAAUCUGUGAUGUCACAGUCUCUUCCUACUCUUGAUAUCUUAAAUCAAAACAUGACUGUAACUGGAAUUGAAACCUGUACGGAAUCAGUUCACACAGAGGGAUCCACGCUAACAAACCAGAGCGCAGUUAAAAUUUGAGGUCGAUCACGAAGACAUAUGGUCAGAGAUGUUUCUGCACCUUUCCUUGCUGAUCUUCUUUGUGCCAUUGGAGGGCGACAGCUCACCAAUCAGUUGCUACAAUGACCAAGGGGAAGCGGUUGACUGGUUCUAUCUGUACAAACUGCCCAAACAACAUGGCAGUUCAUCUCAAAAUGGUGAAAAGUACUUGCUUAUGGACAAUGGCAGUGAAGGGUGGACUGAAGGUAAGGUGAUAGUGAACGACACCACAGGAGCUCUGGGCAGGACUUUGGGACCACUGUACUCUCAAGGAAAGAACCCAGAGAUGGCCUACGUCCUGUACAAUGAUCAGAGGCCGCCACAGGGAUCAGGUGACAGACGGGGACACAGCAGUGGAACCAUAGGGGGGCACACCAAAGGCGUCGUGCUGCUCGACAAAAACCAAGGUUUCUGGUUAGUCCACAGCACCCCUCACUUCCCCCCCGAACGACAGACGGGAGAGUACUCUUACCCCGACAGUGGCGUCAACAACGGGCAAAACUUCAUCUGUGUUACCUACACACUGGAACGUUUCCAGACCAUUGGAGAGCAGCUGCAGAUCAAUCAGCCCAGUGUGUACGACUGUGACGUCCCGGAGUCCCUCGCUUCCCUGGUGCCGGCUCUGGCUGCUGUCUGUGAGAAAAAACAUGUAAAAGCAGCAACCAAUCGCAGUGUGACGUUGACAUCAAAGGGUGGAACAGAGUUUAUCAGUUUUGCCAAAGGAGCCGCCUUUAAGAAUGACCUCUACCACUCCUGGGUGGCUCCAGCGCUGCAGUCCGACCUCCUGGUCCAGUUCUGGAUUCGCUCCAGGGGCAUCCUCCCCUCAGACUGCUCCCUGCGCUGGAAGGUCCUGGACAUUCAGGUCAUAAACCCAGGCCAGACAUUCACCUUUAAGACUAGUCAGGACCACUCCAAGUGGGCGGUCAGCAGUAAGGCGUCCCAGGACGGAGGCUGGAUUUGUGUAGGGGACAUAAAUCGCAAUGAGGCAGAGGAGGAGCGGGGCGGAGGGACAGUGUGUCAGCAGAACCCGCUGGUGUGGAAGGCGUACCGUUCAGCAGCGCUGCAGUGUGAGAACUGCUCAGGGACGACUGUCCAGUGUUGAUGAACUGCUACAGACAGAACAGGAGUGCUCAAUUUAUGGAUUUGUCUGUGCAGACCAGUGUUUCUCAACCUUGGGGUUGCGACCCCACGUAUGGUCGCCUAGGAUUAAAAUGCAUGAAUUGUCUAGUAAUUCAUAAAAACAUUUACUGAUAAAAAUAUUUUUUAAACUAAUUAUUAUUUUUUAAAAUUUAAAUGUAGAUUCUCAUUCUCACUAAAACUAACAAUUCACCUUUGACAUCUAUGAUUUGAUCUGUAAAAUAUAAGCCAUUUAAUUUAUGCGCUCACCUUUAACAGGGGGUUCCCAAACGUUUCCAGUCUUGCUGUCUGCUGCCUUACAUUUUUGGAUCUUAGUUGGCCACGAGUUCUAAGGUGUUUUUUUCCCCCCACAACAGGUUUGUUGGUUUAUUUCUAGUCAAAAAUAUGUCCAUUUUCAGUAGCUGGCUGCAUGGUACUUUGAGGAGCAGAGCUUCUUGAUAACAGGCAGAAACCACCAGGUCUACACAGACCGUGAUGUUGUUAUGCUGAAGUUGCACCUGUCACACGAGGUGAGUUCAAGUACCGUAGGAAAAGUGGGAAUGAUUAUGAGUUGUAUGGUUCUGUAGAAAUGUAAUAAAAAUAUUUUCUGCA